AUGAAGUGCGUCCGAUUGCCAUUGCUCCUGCUCAUUGGCCUCCUGGCAGCUCCGGCUGCCUGGGGUCGUGUGCCCUAUCCCAUUGAGGUGGAGUUACCGCCUCUUGUCCAUGAGGAUGAGAUCAUCGAGCAACCCAUCAUUGUUGCUCCCCAACCCGUUGGCCGUGCAGGAGCCUGCAGUGUGACGAUUCGCGGUGGUCUUCCCAGUCCCCAGCCCGUGUAUCUGAAGACUAACUCCGAGGACUUUUAUCCCUUCUCGGAUGUCGGUGCCAUGGAAUUUGAGUCGGGUGGCAGCCUGCAGCUGUGGUGUCCUUCGGGCUUUAAUACUCACUCGGAGAAUCUGAUUACAGAAUGCGUGAGCGGCACUACCUUCAGCGUGGGUGGAACCCACUUUGAGUUCAAGGAUCUGUACUGCAAGUCCUGGCCGGGCUUCAAGGCUGUCAAGACCGGUGGCACCUGCAAUGGUGGUAUUGAGAUCCGUGUUGGCUUCGAGAUCACUUCAUCGCGCUUCGCCGAACAGAUGAAGAUUUGUUUCAACGAGGAGGAGGAGGUGACCCGCUAUACUCGCCACACUCUGGAGCCCGGUAGCAACUACUACGAGACUGGAGUGGCCAGGAUCACUUUCCAGACCGCCGGCUACUUCAAUGGCAAGAAUGUGGACAAGCUGUACACCCAGGCCACCCAACUGGAGACCAUUAACAAUGACCUUGGCGGUGAUGCGGAGAAGUACUUCGACACUGCCACUAAUGUGUAUCUGGCCCGCGGUCAUUUGGGUGCCAAGGCUGACUUUGAUUACGCUCCCGAGCAGAGGGCCACCUUCCUGUUCAUCAAUGCCGCUCCUCAGUGGCAGACCUUCAAUGCCGGCAACUGGGCUCGCGUCGAGGAUGGUCUGAGGGCCUGGGUUUCCAAGAACAAGAUCAAUGUGAACUGCUACACUGGUGUCUAUGGUGUCACCACUUUGCCCAACAAGCAGGGUGAGACUCCCCUGUAUUUGGCCAAGGAUGGUAAUAACAACGGACUUAUCCCUGUGCCCAAGAUCUACUUCCGUGUGGUCAUCGAACCCACUAGCCAUAAGGGCAUUGUGUUUGUUGGCGUCAAUAAUCCCCAUCUUACCGAGGAUCAGAUCAAGCGGGACUAUGUUGUCUGCACGGAUGUGAGCGACCAGGUUACCUACAUUAAUUGGAAAAAGACGGACAUUAAGGCCGGUUGGUCAUACGCCUGCGAGGUUGCCGACUUCCUGAAGACCGUCAAGCAUUUGCCUGCUCUGACCGCCAAGGGAGGUCUCCUCGUCUAAAUGGUGAUCAAAUAAAGUGUAAAACCUUUCAGAAUUUUA